ACUUGAUUACCGUUUAGCCACAUUAAACUAUCGAGGGUUUUCAAUUUUUUUUGUUCAUUGUCGUUCUCUCGCGUUGUUGCUCCGAAAAUGCAUCAGCGUUCACCAAUCUCUCUCUGUAAACUGCUUUCUAGAUACCCUUUUCAGAGAUCUGCAAUACCCGGAUCUUCAAUUUCUCUCCAAUCACUCGAGGCAAUCUCAAACCAUUGUGUUUCAGACUCCGUUCCACAUCCAAAACCUAUGAAAAUCUGCCAUUUUCUUCAUCCAAACAUCUCAAGUCCAACGACCCUGUUCUUCUCAAAUAGGAGAAAUUACAGUGUUGAUACGAAUAAAGUGGUCGACGAGAUCAAUCUCAAGUUUGCAGAGGCAAGGGAGGAGAUAGACAUGGCCAUGGAAUCCAAAGAAACCGUGUACUUCGACGAAGAAGCUGAAUGCGCUCGGACCGCUGUCAAAGACGUUGUGGACAUGUUUGAGGGACUGCUAUCUAAGUUGCCGGAGACCGAAAGGGCCCCUAUACAGAGGUCUAUGGGUCUCAAGAUUGAGCAGUUGAAGGCUGAAGUUGAACAAUUGAACGACUAAUGAGGUUUGUUCUUUUGGGUUUUGAGUCAUAAUUGAUUUGGGUUUUCCUUUCCUUUCCCUUUUUAUCUUAAUGAUGUAACUGUCAUGGUUGACGAUUAACUAUCAAUUUAUGGUAGUGCAAUAGACAUAAAAUCCAAUAAUGGUUUCGUAUUGGGUUUUAAAUAUAUGAAAAUUUUCUGUCUCUUUUCUUUUGGAAA